AUGUGGAAUCCGCUCUCAUGGGUGAUGGAGAUGGCUGCCAUUAUGGCGAUUGCUUUGGCUAAUGGAGGGGGUGAGGCGCCGGAUUGGCAAGAUUUUGUGGGGAUCACGGUGCUCCUCGUCAUCAACUCCACCAUCAGCUUCAUCGAGGAGAACAACGCCGGCAAUGCGGCGGCGGCGCUCAUGGCUGGCCUCGCUCCCAAAACCAAGGUGCUGAGGGAUGGCAGUUGGUCGGAGCAGGAGGCGGCCAUUCUCGUCCCCGGCGACAUCAUCAGCAUCAAGCUGGGAGACAUUGUCCCCGCCGACGCCAGGCUGCUGGAGGGCGACCCUCUUAAGAUCGACCAGUCCGCCCUCACCGGCGAGUCCCUCCCCGUGACCAAAAAUCCAGGGGACGAGGUGUUCUCCGGAUCCACCUGUAAGCAGGGAGAGAUCGAGGCCGUCGUCAUCGCCACUGGCGUCCACACCUUCUUCGGCAAGGCGGCCCACCUCGUCGACAGCACCAACAACGUCGGCCACUUCCAGAAAGUGCUUACCGCCAUAGGAAACUUCUGCAUCUGCUCCAUCGCCGUCGGCAUGAUCAUUGAGAUCAUCGUCAUGUACCCGGUCCAACACCGCCGGUACCGCGACGGCAUCGACAACCUCCUCGUCCUGCUCAUCGGCGGCAUCCCCAUCGCCAUGCCCACCGUGCUGUCCGUCACCAUGGCCAUCGGGUCCCACCGGCUGUCGGAGCAGGGGGCCAUCACCAAGCGAAUGACUGCCAUCGAGGAGAUGGCCGGCAUGGACGUGCUUUGCAGCGACAAGACGGGGACGCUCACGCUCAACAAGCUCACAGUCGACAAAAGCUUAAUCGAGGCAACGCCUCCGCCAAAACUUUAUCCAAUUGAUGAUUCUGUUCCAAAAUCGAAACUUUUUUUAUUCCUUCAGGUGUUUUCGAACGGCGUGGAUAAGGAAAUGGUUGUCCUGUAUGCUGCUAGGGCUUCGAGGGUGGAGAACCAGGACGCCAUUGAUGCUUCCAUUGUCAACAUGUUGGGUGACCCCAAGGAGGCGCGUGCAGGAAUCAAAGAGAUCCACUUCCUGCCUUUUAAUCCGGUCGACAAGCGCACUGCAAUCACCUACAUCGAUUCCGAUGGGAGAUGGCACAGAUCGAGCAAGGGAGCGCCUGAGCAGAUCAUUGACCUUUGCAAGAUGAACGACGAAGCGAGCAAGAAGGUCCACCAGGCGAUCGACGGUUAUGCUGAUCGUGGCCUUCGAUCACUCGGCGUCGCCAGGCAGGAGGUCCCCGAAGGCAACAAGGACAGCGCCGGCGGGCCGUGGCAAUUCAUGGGUCUCUUGCCUCUCUUCGAUCCCCCCAGGCACGACAGUGCCGAGACCAUCCGUCGCGCCCUCCACCUCGGCGUCAACGUCAAGAUGAUCACCGGCGACCAGCUCGCCAUCGGGAAAGAAACCGGUCGCAGGCUCGGCAUGGGCACCAACAUGUACCCCUCCUCCGCCCUUCUCGGCGACAAGCACAGCGGCGGCGAACUCAGCGGGCUCAACGUGGACGAUCUCAUCGAGAAGGCCGAUGGAUUCGCCGGAGUCUUCCCCGAGCACAAGUACGAGAUCGUGAAGAGGCUACAAGACCGGAAGCACAUCUGCGGCAUGACCGGCGACGGCGUGAACGACGCGCCGGCGUUGAAGAAGGCCGACAUCGGGAUCGCGGUGGCGGAUGCGACGGACGCCGCCAGGGGCGCCUCCGACAUCGUGCUAACCGAGCCUGGCUUGAGCGUGAUCGUGAGCGCGGUGCUGACCAGCCGCGCCAUCUUCCAGCGGAUGAAGAACUACACCAUCUACGCCGUGUCCAUCACCAUCCGCAUCGUCCUCGGCUUCCUCCUCAUCGCCCUCAUCUGGCGGUUCGACUUCUCCCCCUUCAUGGUCCUCAUCAUCGCCAUCCUCAACGACGGCACCAUCAUGACCAUCUCCAAGGACAGGGUCAAGCCCUCCCCCUUGCCGGACUCAUGGAAGCUCGGCGAGAUCUUCGCCACCGGCGUCGUCCUCGGCACCUACCAAGCCAUAAUGACCGUAGUCUUCUUCUACCUCGCCCACGAUACAGACUUCUUCCCGGUGAGUACUCAACAGCAAAGCACACGCUCAAAAACUCGUAACCUGAUCCAUCGGCAUCCUGCGCGUGUCGAUCAAAAACAGGAAAAGUUCGGAGUGAGGCCGAUCAGAGACGUGCCCGACGAGAUGAUGGCGGCUCUGUAUCUCCAAGUCAGCAUCAUCAGCCAGGCGCUCAUCUUCGUCACCAGGUCCAGGAGCUGGUCCUUCGUGGAACGCCCUGGUCUCCUGCUCCUCGCCGCCUUCCUCGCCGCCCAACUAGUUGCGACUCUGAUCGCGGUGUAUGCGUCGUGGGAGUUCGCUAGGAUCCAAGGCAUGGGUUGGGGGUGGGCGGCGGUCAUCUGGGUCUACAGCUUGAUCACCUUCAUCCCCCAAGACGUCCUCAAGUUCAUCAUCCGGUACGCCCUCAGCGGCAGGGCCUGGGGCAACCUGCUCGACAACAAGACCGCAUUCACCAGCAAGAAAGAUUACGGGAGGGAAGAGAGGGAGGCUCAGUGGGCGGCGGCACAGCGCACCCUGCACGGCCUCCAGCCGGCCGACACUUCCGAGCUCUUCAACGACAAGAGCAGCUACCGGGAGCUGUCAGAGAUCGCCGAGCAGGCCAAGCGGCGUGCCGAGAUCGCCCGGAUGAGGGAGCUGCACACGCUGAAAGGGCACGUUGACUCCGUCGUGAAGCUGAAGGGGCUGGAUAUCGACAACAUGCAGCAACACUACACUGUCUGAGAGAUGAGACUUGAUUGCCUAGAGCUGCAGUGAGAGAUUUGGGUUGCUUGCUGCUGGGAAGGGACUAGGGAGCAUGUGGUGGGAACGGAGUGAUACAAUAUAUAUGGAUAAUUAUUAAGAUAUAUGCACCAUCAAUUUUUAGGACAACUCAAGACUCAAUAUAUGUAUUUUACUGGAGUUUUUUUUUUCCUACCAUUGGAAAUAGGUAAAAAAAUGCUUCAGAUGUAGAGUUCUUGGGUGGUGUCUUUUGAAUUGGAUUAAUUGAUUUGAGAACUAA